AUGCAAUCAUUAACUUCCUUUCUAGCUUUCUUCAUUCUCUUAACAUCAUUAUCACACCCUUCACAUUCAAACACUGUCCCUUCAUAUCCCACUCCAACUCAACCCCAAAUAUGCAAACUAGACCUCUCCAACGAACUAUUCGGCGGCGUAAACGUCGCAUGCGGCAACAACCUCGACCGAAGCCGCUGUUGUCCCGUACUCGCUGCUUGGCUCUUCGCAGCUCACGCGCGAAGAGCCUUAGAGAUUUCUCCUCCACCAACGGAAAAUGCCAUUGACCUUCCGAGGAUGCCGGAUGAUUCGCAGAAGUGUGUUAACUCACUCCAAGACUCUCUUCGAAACAGAAACAUCAUAAUCCCAACACCAAAUGCUAGCUGUGAUGCUGUAUUAUGUUUCUGUGGAAUCAGGCUUCAUCAGAUAAGCUCAUUGAAUUGUCCAACCGCUUUUAAUGUUUCGGAUUCGACUACUGUUCACAAUGUAUCUGGUUCUCAUAAAGCUACUCCUACUGCUGCAGUUCGUGAUUUGGAGAAGAAUUGCCGUAACUCUUCUUAUGCUGGUUGCACCAAUUGUCUUGCUGCAUUGCAAAAGUUAAACGUGCACAAGAAAGAGAGCAAGGAAAGUGACCGAGAGAGGAAGAUGUUCAACCGGGACUGUCAACUGAUGGCACUAACAUGGCUAUUGGGAAAGAACAAGACGUUGUAUAUACCAACAGUAUCAGCGGUGUUACGUGCUAUAAUGUACAGUGCUCAUCCACACGAUAUAAUGUGUAGUCCAGACCAAGAGAACAUGCCAUUGGCCGUUGAUUCGAUGCAAUUCGAUCACACGAGUAGUAGUGAGGCACAAUCUUGGCCGUUCAUCAAGUUAUUGUGGAGUAUGAUUGUUGUUAUGAUUGGGAUUGUGGUGUUAUGA